AUGGCGCGAGCAGUGGCUGUGGCCAUGGCACUUAUGACCCUCUUCUCCGUCCUCGCCUUUGUCCCCACACCCGAGCCACAGGCCCGACAGGCCCUGCGCAGCAGACCGGCAAGGGCAGCGGCACCAGCAUCGAAGCUCCGGAAACUCCGGGAGCUGCCUUCCCCGGCCUUAGGGCUCCUGUUCUCCUGCGCUUUCUGUGCCUUGUUGCUUGGGGCUGCUCAGGCUGGCGCAAGCUCAAGGCCGGGCCUGGGGCAGGACUUCGUCACGGAUCCCCCGGUGCCCCGUGCGGUGCUUCAGGAGAGGCGGAUGACGAAGGUGAGGCUUUCGCAAGCCCCGAGUAGGAUGGAGAUCGCAGAGAAAGUCCGGCGACAGGAGUUGGAGUACAUGCAGUCCACAUAUGUCCCGGGUGGACCCAAGCCUGUCCGAAUUGUGGCCAUGUGA